UUAGUUGACCGAUACCGUUUUCGCUCGUUUGCCAUGGCUCACAACUCGACCUCUCCAGCAAGUCACGUCGAGUUACCGGAGACGUCGUCGAGAUGCGUGACGGAGAGCAGGACGCACAACUUGGAGGUGGCCGGUUACUCGCUCGACGGCAUGGGCGUCGGCAAGUACAUUAGAUCGAGCAGAUUCAGCGUCGGGGGCUACGACUGGUGCAUCAGAUUCUACCCAGAUGGAGAGAGAGAGACCGUGAACGUUGCCGGCAACGCAUCGUGCUUUCUGUUUUGCGUGAGCCAGAAGGAGGUGAGAGUCAUGUUCACCCUCAACAUGCUGGAGAAACAUGGAGCCGUACAGGUAACCAACCACCGUGCGCUAGAGCAUACUAUCUGUCCGCCACAUUAUAAUUAUGGCCUCCCUUAUUUCGUCGAGAAAUCGAGGCUGAAAUCGUCGGCCCUCGCCAACAAUGGCUACGUGACGAUAAGGUGCGCCCUCACUGUGAUCAAAGAGCCGCCCGCGGAGCCGGAGUGCGAGGAGAAUCGUGUCGUGGUUCCGCCGCAGGAGCUGCCCGGAGACCUCGGGCGUGCCCUCAAAGACGGGAACGGCCUAGAUGUUGUCAUCGAUGUGGGCGGCAGGCUGUUCGGAGCCCACAAGUUCAUGCUCGCUGCUCGGUCCCCGGUCUUCAAGGCUCAGCUCUUUGGCCCGAUGAUGAAGAAGGACACACGGCGCAUCAAGGUCGUCGGCAUGGAGCCAGCCAUCUUCGGGAUGCUUCGCGAGUUCAUAUACACGGAUUUGCUACCAACAUGGGAAGGGGAAGGUUAUGGUGCCGCCGUAAUGCAACAUUUGCUCGUCGCGGCAGAUCGGUACGGGCUAAACAGGCUCAAGCUGAUGUGCGAAGAGAAGCUGUGCGAAAGCAUCGACGUGGAGACUGUCACAACCACAUUGGCGCUAGCAGAACAGCACAACUGCGAAGUGCUCAAGAAGGCAUGCCUGAAGUUUAUGUCGUCGCAGAGAGUGAUGGACGCCGUCGGGAAGACCGAUGGGUUCAAACACCUCAUGGCAAGUUGCCCCCUGCUGAAUUUGAAGAAGAAUCUCGGGGACAAGACAGGUGUCACGAAGAAGUCAAGAUAGAACGAAAUUUCCUUGUUGGAUUGACUUUAGUAUUUUCAUCAGAAGCACAAAACACAUAUUGUAUGACUCGGGAGCAAUGGAAUUUUUCUUAGAAAAAUAGUUACUACUAUUAGUUUUGCAUCGAGUGGUCUGAUCAUAUGGUAAUUUUUGCACUCUUAGUUUUAUUGUGAAAAUAACUCCUAGUCGGGGUUUAUGGUG